GAUAUUUCCCGAUGUAGUAGUGAAGAGGGCAGCGGCAGUACAAAUGAAAAUCUUGAUCACGCUAUAGUAUUUCUACGAAUCUGUGCAGAUCCCUGGGGCAGCCUCUCUCUAUAGUGACAGCCAGGAGACAGUACAUCUUACGUCACUGAUUGACUAUUGGGAAUAUCGGGAAUCUUUGAGCCCUCGUCAUAUUCACGCUGAUUUUUAGGCUUUAGAAAGGAUUAAGUGUCCCGUAGAAGAAAGUACAAAAGGAGAUGCGUUCACCAGACAUGGUAAACGUUUCGCUAGCUAUCUUGGCAAGUGCGUAGUAUCUGUAGUGCAAUGUAAAAUGUGUCGUGGAAAAGGACAUUUUUAGCCACAGUUUAGCUAGAUUUCCUUUGCCAUAUGACCAGUUCUAAAAUGAUGACUCUAUGUAAGUCGUUGGAAUCGCUGACGUCAUCUCGCCAAAGUCUCGCUGCUUCUGUUGAGAACCAGGAAUCGCCCUACCUAAUUCGGAAAGUAAGUGGAGACCGGAGAUCAGUUCGUCCAGGUGCCCCAUCGGAGCCAAAUGAGUACAACUUCAACUAUCACAAAAGAGGCCUUUUUAUCAUUAUAAAUAACAAGAAUUUCCAUCCGUCCACCGGUAAAGAGUCACGCGAGGGGACUGACGUAGACGCGGAGAGACUGGAGGAGCGGUUUCAGGACUUGGGGUUCGAUGUUCGACGCUACAAUGACGUGUCAUCAUCCAAACUACUGCAACUUAUGAACGAAGCCUCGCAGCUCGACCACUCCGAUUCCGACUGUUUCGGGUGUGCCAUUUUGAGUUAUGGAAUUGAGGGAAGGGUGUACGCCACCGACGGAAUGCUGCCUUUAGAUGUCCUCAUUGUUCCCUUCAAGGGAGACAAGUGCCCGAUGUUGGUUGGCAAACCUAAACUUUUUUUUCUACAGUCCUGUCGCUGUCCAAACUUAGAACAGUCUGUGGAAGACUCGGUGUCCUAUAAAAGCUUCCUGUCCGAGGAUUCCGAACGGAGUUUCUCCGGGAUGAGGAAGAUCCCAGUCGAGGCUGACUUCCUGUUCUUUUAUUCCACUGUACCUGGUUUCUAUUCAUGGCGGAAUCACCAGGAAGGAUCAUGGUUUAUCCAAGCCUUGUGUAUCGUUUUGGAGAACUAUGGUUCCAAAAUGGAACUUCUGCACAUGCUCACUCAAGUCAAUCGCAUGGUGACGUAUGAAUUCGAGUCGUGUUCGGAUGAACAUUUUACGGAUGAGGUCAAACAGAUGCCUUGUAUUGUGUCCAUGCUUACCAGAUAUGUGUACUUCCGGCCAAAGAAACCGGAUAUCCGGGAUUAAAGUGUGGAUGGAGGAUAAAAUAUAUCUUAAUGGUUGUGACCAAAUGGAUGUUACGUAAAGCAAAGAUUGCGAAGCAUAAGCGGUUAAUUAAGAACCAUCACCAGGUUUCAUGAUAUACAUAGAUAACUUUAGAAAAUCCAUCGAAGGAAGAUUAAAUUGAUAAGUAUCUCGCCACAGAAAUACGAAAAAUCAUGUCACGUUUGUUCCUUUCAGAUACAUUUGAAGCUCCGUGACAUUAAAUCUAGAUAUUGCUAUUGAUUUAUUGUACUAAUAUGAUCAUGCCUUUGUAGUUUUGGCGAAUUAUACUGAAAGAUAAUGUCAUAACGAUAGACUAAACCCUGAUAAGGAUUGUAUUUCUAUUACGUUAUUUCUGGGCUACAGUGCGCUCAGAUUUUGUUGCAAAGAUACAACGGCCAAUCAUUGCCGAAAACAUCUUCUUUUGGAAGCUUCUUAUUGUGCUUCAGUGUUGUACAAAAGGAUGAGAACUCAAUAAAAGGAAUGGAAAUUGUCGAUAAAUAAAAUCUAGUCAUAAUACAAAA